CUACCAUCCUUUUAACCAACCCAAACAACCAAAAUGACAACCCCACUCCCAAAACAACACAUCGCCCAAACCCUCCUCUCCCGUGCCCACUCCCCCCAAACCACCGAAACCCUCUUCACCGACCGCAUAAAGCAAAAACCGCUCUACCUCCGCCCAACCUCCCCGUCCGCAUCAGACAACCGCUCCCGCCGGCGCCACCACCGCCUCCGCAAAAAAGAAUACUUCCUACGCCACCAGCGCCCCAAACCCCUCUCCGCGAAAGAAAAGCGCGCCUCUGGAAUACAUGAGCUAGCGGAUGGCGAGGCGAAGUAUGAAAUCUUCAAAGGGUUACAUGCGCUUUGGGUGCGGUAUAUGCAGGAGGUGCUUGAUUUGAGGAGUGAUGGGAGUACGGGGCAGGGAGGGGGGAUGGUUACGGCGCUGUCGCAUGGGAGUAAGCUUGUUAGUGCUGAUUUUCAUGGCGCGGAGAUUGAGGUUGUGAGGAGUGGGUGUGCGGGGAGGGUUGGGAUUAGGGGGGUUGUGGUAAGGGAUACGAAGUUUACGUUUGUGGUUGUUACGGAGAGAGAUGAGGUUAAGACAAUUCCCAAGGAAAAGACGAUUAUUCGCUUUCGCGUGCCGUUACCGAAGCCAGAGACAGAUGCAGGUGCAGACGCGGAUACGGAGAUGAAGGAGGAUGAGCAGAAACAAUCUGAAGCGAAGGAGCUGGUGUUUGAGAUCCAUGGGAAUCAGUUCCAGAAUCGGGCUGUUGAUAGGGCGCAUAAGAAGUUCAAGUGGAGGAAUGUCGAGUAUCUGUGAUUCGAUGGGUUGGAUUUAAUGGAUUUGUUGGAUACAUCAAACUCUGUGGAGUACGUGAAUGACAAGGCGCAUGGAAUGGGCUAUCUGAUGGCAUGAUAUGAUGCCUAUGCCUGUCAGUUUUGGAGAAUGCUCACCCGUCAGUGGUAUAAACUGCUAGCUGAGCUCUGCUGCGGGACGAAUUGCGCCUGGAACUGAAUGCGACAGAACGCGACUACAGGAAUUGGAACGGUUGGAAUCUACGGAACGAGUUACGCCAAUGUAAAUAGAACUUGACUGAUAGAUCAUAAUGUGUCAUUCACGGGUAUCUAAUUUCAUGGAUUUGCAGUA